AUGUUCAUCGCUUUGCGUGAGAGGAGAGCAGAAGAAUUCGAUCAACUCUGCGCCACAUUUGCCAGCUACUUGUCCACCAACAUGGCCGCUCGAGCAUCCACCGCGAGCGCUCCGAGUCUGCGCAGCAAGACGCCCGUCGACAUGGAGCGACCCUUCACGCCGCCAGACGGCGACGGCGGCAAUGUCAAGGUCGUUGUCAGAGUGCGCAAGUUCAUCAAGAGAGAGCUGGAAAAGCAAUCGCCAUGCAUCAUACACAUGAGCCCCGCGACGCAAGAGACAACCAUCCAGCCCCCAGAAGUCACGGCCGACUCGCGAAGGGUGCUCGAGGAGAAAAAAUUCACCUUCGACAAGUCCUUCUGGUCGCAUAACGAGACCGAUGCACACUUUGCUGGCCAGCGAGAUAUCUACGCUUCGUUUGGAGAAGAGUUCCUGGACCACAACUUCGAUGGCUACCACACAUGCAUCUUCGCCUAUGGACAGACGGGCAGCGGGAAGUCGUACACCAUGAUGGGCAGUCUGGACCAGCCAGGCCUCAUCCCAAGAACAUGCAGGGGGCUCUUUGAGAGGAUAGAAGCAGAGCAGAACGGAAGUAUAACGUACAACGUCCAUGUCUCCUACUUCGAGAUCUACAACGAGCACGUCAAGGACUUGCUCACACCGCGGACGAACCCACCGACCUACCUUAAGAUCAGAGAAAGCAAGAGCGAUGGUGUAUACGUGCAAAAUCUGACAGACGAGCCGGUCAAGAGCUACGAGGAUAUUGAGAGAUUGAUGAAGACUGGAGACCUGAACCGAACAACUGCGAUGACCAAAAUGAACGAUACAUCUUCGCGAUCACAUGCCGUCUUCACCCUCACCCUCAAACAGAUUCAGCACGACCUCGCCACCGAUAGCACGAUAGAGCGUGUAGCCAGGAUGCGACUUGUGGAUCUGGCUGGUUCUGAACGCGCAGGACGAACAGAGGCGACGGGUCAGCGGUUACGAGAAGGUGGAAACAUCAAUCAGUCUCUCACCACACUAGGUCGUGUCAUUGCAGCACUAGCAGAUCCCAAGCGGCAAAAGGCAACUCGCGUGACCGGACUACAAAAUCAGACCAAGAGGCGGGCAGAAGUCGUUCCAUACAGAGACAGUGUCCUCACCUGGCUUCUCAAAGACUCGCUCGGUGGGAACAGCAAGACCGCCAUGGUCGCCUGUAUCUCACCCACCGACUACGAAGAGACCCUCUCUACACUCCGAUACGCCGACCAAGCCAAACGCAUCCGCACCAAAGCCCACGUCAACCAGGACGCCGUCUCUGCCGCGGAGCGGGACGCCAAGAUCAUGGAGAUGCAAGAGACGAUCAAGCAGCUCCAACUGUCUGUCAAUGCUUCCGCAACUCGCAAGCGAGACGAAGCAGAUCGUACACAAGCCGAGCUGGAAGACUACCAACGACAAGUCAGCAAGAUGCAACGUGCCAUGGAAGAAUCUCGUGCAGUGUCGGAGGUCAAGAUUCGUGCUCUCACGCAAGAGGUAGAUGAGUUACGGCCGCAGAAUCAGGCGUUACAGAUCGAGAUCGAAGCUUUGAGACGACAUCUCGCACUUGCGGUGGGAGAACUCAAGAACCCGAUUGUGUUGCCAGAAGGGUUCAGCGAGGAAGAUGAGGAUAGAAGUAGUAUCGAGGGAUCUGAGGAUGGCGACCGUGAUAGUGGCAUGGGAGAUGACAACUCGGAUUUCGAGAACGAGCACGGUGACUGGCAAGCAGACGUGGAUGAGUUGUUGAAGGACUUGGGUUUGUUCAAGAGGAAGGUCGCAGACGACAAGAUGAGGUUCCCGCAUCCGGAGACGGUGCAGUAG